AUGAAGAAGUUGAACCGCUGCACAGAUGAUGGAUUUCAAUCUGUUCAGAACAAGCUGUUGCAGGGCAAGGAGAUCAAGUGUGAAGCAUGUCUGGAACUCUUGAGAACACGCAAAUUCUGUGCAGAUAGUCUACAAGAACAAAUUGAUGCUGUCAUGAGCGGAGAGGUGAACCCAAAGGAGCGUUUUCAGAGAGAUGCCGAAUCUGGACAUCAAGAUCCUGAACUUCACUGCAUCCCGAAAAAGAAGAAGGCCAAGAAAGACAUUGAGAAUGUCGAUGACGAACAGGAUCUUAACAAUGGCCCUGAAGCCUGCAUAGCCUUCCUCAAAGAGUACGAGGGGGUGAUCGAGCUGCUUCCUCCAGGCACUGCUGGCAAGAAAGUUCCUUACCGGUGCUUAGUUUGCAAGUCCAGGGCACAACCACUGGGCAGAAUCGGAGAACUCACGCAGAUGAGGAUGUGCUAUGUCAAACACUUCAUCACGCAGCACACUGAAAAGUGCAAGGCGCAUCUUCGAAACCUGAGAACCUUGAAGGAGAUGGAGCAGAUGAGGCCUCGCGUGGCAUGUGAAGCACUUUGCGUGAGCGAUGCAGACACAGCUGGCAAGCUGUACUGUCACAGGGAUAUUUUCGACUUGUGGGCCAGCAUCUGCAACUUUCAAGGUUGUGCCAAGCACACAUACUGGUGUGAGUCCAACAGUGGCGACUGGUUCAUACGCUCCAUUGACUGUGAGAAGGAGACGGAUCAAGUACCAGGGGAACGCAGUGUGUGUUCUGCAUGCAAGAAGCUGGGAGAGCCAUCUUCUGUGGUACGAUCCCCUCUUCGGUUCGCAGUCAAAUUCUUCAUAUCCCACCUCCUGAACGCAAAGAUGUUUGGAGGAGAGGCCAGGGUCAAGGAGAUCACUGAGGAUAUCAAGGCCUCUUCAGUUUACCAGAGGGAUUCAAAGCUCAAGUCUUUGAUGGGCCUGGAAACGCACCUUAUGCAACAAUGGGUGCGAGCAUCAUGCCAGAAUGAUGGAAUGGGAAACAAGCGCUACAAGCAGUUUUUCAACAGCAUUGUGAAGCCAACGCUCAACAUCAGUGUCAGCAGCAUCCCUCAGAACUUGGAAGACAUUGUUGGGCGACUGACAGCCAUAAUCAAAGGACAGGAAGCAAGUGAAGAGGACCAGGUCCGGCUGAAGGUCGCUUGCUCGGCCAUCCAUGGACACUUGGAAUCGAAUCCAUUGAUCACUGGAUUGGCAUUGGCAUGCACCAGGAUGAGCGAGAAGCAAUCGCGCAACAUUUUCACCUUGGCUGGAAGGAAGGACAACACCUGCACUGAAAGAGAGCGAUCCCUCCUUGCAGAUGCCGGAAUGCAACUUGCAAUGGCAAGUUGCAACACAGGCCUGGCACGAGAAUGCGGGUUGUCAUCUACAGCUUUGAAGCUGUCCUUGGACGAACUUCAUCUCAACUCUCUACCUACACCAGCUCUCGCGGUGAGAUGGCCAGAGAUCCUCCAAGAGAACUUUCAGCUGCUUGAUCAGAGGUUCCUUCGACCAGAAGAAGCACCAAAUCGCCGAUUGUGUGCAGCAUUUGAUGCAACCUACAUAACAACCACUUUGGCCCAACUUGCCCUGCACAAGGAGAAGGGAAUGGUGGGUGGAGUCUGGAAUGUGGGGGAGACAGAUCAAAGCUUCUUGGACUUGGCGCAAGACAUCAAGGUGGACCGCGUCAACAAAGCUUCAAGCAUUUUGGAAGUAGUUCUGUGGGAUCCAGCUGCAGUUCGACGAGUUCAAUUGCCUGUGGCAACAACCCCAAUUGAAACGAACUUCAGUGGCCCUGGAAGCACAAUGCGUGGUUGCUGGUUCAUGUUGGAGCUGAUGGGGAUGAUCUUGAAGGAAGGGGCCGACAUCAUUCGUUGCAUCACUUUCGAUGCCCAUGGAUCACACAGCAUGAUCCGAAAGAUCUUGCAUGGCCAAAACGAUGGCUCCUACGACGAUGCACUUCGACUCCCCUUCUGGAGGGAUUUGGAAUGGGUACACCUUCCUUCAUCAUGCCUGCCUCGGUGCCCCAUCAAAAUCUGCAUGCACAACAACGAAGCCAUCUACGGCAUCCCUGGGGUUUGUCAUGCCAGUAAAAACACCGGAAGUGCCCUGACGUCAUGGAUCCGGACCUGUUUUUACGGAGACUACUGGGCCGACUGCACUAUGAGCCGUCAAUAUGGCUUACCACCUGGAGUGAUGGGGAGGGAGUGCCCCCAGUCAGACAAGGCACAGGCAAUCCUGAUGAACCCAUUCUUUUUGGAUUGUGCACUCAGAGACAUGCAGACUCCAUGGGCCCUGAGGGGCUGUCUCUUACACAAUCUCUGCGUCGCUUUGUGCCAGGGGGCUCUCUUGCAUCGAAACCUCUCGCUUCAAUCUCGCUGCGAAUGCGGGUUGGCAGGCUUCUUGCUCCUUGAUUUGUACAAGAUGUUGUCAAAUCAGAGGUCUUCACGGCUGGGUCAACCACGUGGAUCCAUGUUCAUGUCUCCACAAACGAUGUAUAACAUCCAGGGCGUAUCCCUCAUUGCCUCAGUCAUAUGUGUGAGCAAGGACCCCAAUUUCCAUCCGUGGAAAGUGGGGUCCUGCCGCCUGAGCGAAUUACCAAUCGAAGAGUGGUUCUCUCUGUUGAGGAGACAGAGUGCGAAUGCACAGUUGAACUGUCGUGCAUUUUUCCAGGCGUCUUGCCGCAGUUCAUUGAAACAUGGAAGACAGCUCAAUUCCAUCAAGCCGGUGAAGCGUUCCCCAGAACCACCCUUGACCGAAGAAGUGUUCCAGAAGUGCUGUGAACGUGCAUUCAAGGGUGCUUUGAAGCUGGUCUCUUUUACUUCAAGCAAGAGCGAAGAGGCGAUUGAGGCCUCCUACCGCAAGCUGUGCAGGGAGAAGACGGAUGAAGAUGGAGACUUGCAUUGGGAGGAUGACAUGGCAGAAGAUGAUCCAGACGAGUUCUUGGAACAUGGUUUGGCAGAGGGAGAUGAGCAAGGAAAUGCUGCCUUUGACCUUCUGACUUCGAUUCAGCAGACCGCCUUCGUGGACCCUGAGAACGACCCAGCUACUGCAGAAGCAUGUUCAGCCAAGGACCCAGAGAUUGAGAAAAUGGCAGAUUCACACCAGAUUGCAUUUUUGUUGGAGGAACCAUCUGAUGCAGCGGUUGCUGAAAGUGUCCAGGAAGGAGACCACUUGCCCAGUUCCCUCCUUGAAGCAAUGGAGGAUUCCGGGGACAAAUGGAACUCACUGUUUCGUCUUCUUGUGAAGAUGAGGUCCGCCCCUGGCGGAGUGGACACCAGGUUCAUUGCCAACGGUCGUCACAUGCGCAAAGCCAGUGGCACACUCAACUGGCACCAGUACAAUGAAGCUCGCAUCGCGGAGCUUAACCGAGAGCGCGAGAGUGCCGAGUUUCGCGCUCGGACCACGAGAAUGGCAAAGUGGAGGGAGUUGGCAGAACAAGCAGCACAGGAUCUUCAAAUCGAAGUCGGAGUACCAGAGAAGAUCCGGCCUGGCAACAUCGUUCUUUUCCACCUGCCAAAUGGUGUCCCGCAGCAGGGGGUGGAACUGGGAUUUGUCACCUCGGUAUGGCGGGGCGUUAAAAGCCCGAAGCUGUUUUCAGGUGAAUCUUCCAUCAGCAGCUGCAUGGCCUUCCGGGUUAUUGCAUUGGACAUGGAAUCUGGCGAACAGAUCAGAGACUGGUUCUGCUCAGCCAAAUCGGAUUGCUGGGUGUGCCGAAUGGAAGCCUUGGUCUGCAUCCUUGACAUCGAAUCUUGCCACAUGCCGAGUGAUGGUGAUGGAGAGGUUCUCAUUACUUUGACUGAGACCAGCGCAGAAAUUUUGGCAAAGAUCCCUGAGCUCAAGACUUGGUCAGUUGCCCCGACGAUGACGAGAGGGUCCAAGGGAAAGGGCAUCAAGAGGGCAAAGCUGGUGAAGGUCCAGGCCAAGGGCGGCCAAUCACUGGUGGAGAAGAAAAAGCAGGACACUGUGAAGAAGAAGGACAAGGCAGAAAAGAAGGAGAAAAAGGAGAAGAAGAAAAAAAUCACGGUGAAUACGGAUGAGCUCACAGAUGCUGAUUUCCGACGAACUCCACAAGGACGCCAGAACAUUGAGAAUGUGAUGAAAGAACUCUACAGUUUGGAUCAGAAAGCUUUCCCUACGGGACCAGCUUUCACACCAGAAGGUCAUUGCAGGAUGAAGUUUGAGGGUGCAUCAAAGUUCACAUGGGACGAGAUGCUCAAAGCUUCGGGCAGAGCGAUGGAGAGCCUGUACAGAAAUCCUCGGGCUGCAGAUGCAUACGGAAAGGCUGUUUUCAAGCACCUGAUGACCAUCAAGUCCAAGCUUGAGAGUGAUCCGCCACAUCGGCAGGGCUGGCUCAGAUUGCUGAAGGAUGUGUGUGACUAUGUGUCGUGUAUCACAUCAACCACCAAGACUGAUUCGAAGCCAGAUGAGCCAGCAGGGAGUACUGAGUGA